AUGGCUAGUUUAGGGUUUGGUAAUCCAUUACUAGGAGAUGUUAUGGGUAAUGAUUCAGCAAUUACCGUCGUAGUACCUUGGACACAACAAUUUGGCAUGGCCUAUCAACAAUUCAUUGGUGGUAGUUUCGGUGGUCUUGGUGGUCCCGGCGGUCUUAGUGGUCUCGGCGGUCUUGGGGGUCUGGGAGGUCUUGGAGGUCUGGGAGGUCUUGGUGGUCAUGGCGGCUAUGGUGGAUUAGGUGGCCAUGGUGGUCUUGGUGGCUAUGGCGGUGCUGGUGGCUAUGGUGGAUUAGGUGGCCAACCAUUCGGAUUUGGUAUGACAACCUCCUAUUCAUCAAACUACAACUAG